ACUUUUUUGUAUGCUCUUGUUGGCUAUCAUGCAUGUGCAGUAACCGCACUACCCCGCUUGGAAAAACUUCUCCAUAAAGAAUUUGGAUUUGGUAGUAGGUUCCAACCUGGUUUCGAUAACAGAGCCUUAUCUUAUCAACCCGCUAUGGAUUUUGCGUGGCAUAGCGUGCUUCAUGCUUUCCUUUGCUUAUGUCACCAAGAAAAUAUGGUCAGACUUUGGAUAUAUAACUAUAGCGAUGAACCGAUUUGAUUAAUGUUGUUCUCGCCGGUGAAGUUUAAGUUUCUUCCAAAGCUCCGAGCACUUGCUGCAUCAUAUUCCGGCAAUGUCUUUCAGUGGCUUAGAGAAAAUCACAGGCUGCCAUGUGGUAGCAAUACCAUACCCAGGUCGUGGCCAUAUCAACCCAAUGAUGAAUGUGUGCACCCUUCUCGCUUCAAGAGGCUUAGCCGUCACAUUUGUGGUCACCGAAAAGUGGCUCAUCUUACUCAGACCAGGAUCUGGAUCAGCUCCAAACACUCUCAACAUCCAGUUUCGUUCCAUCCCUAAUGUAAUCCCAUCAGAGCUGACUCGUGGGUCGGACUUCGCCGGCUUCUUUGAGGCUGUUUGCACAAAGAUGGAAGCUCCUUUUGAUCAACUUCUCGAUCAGCUCCACCCACCUGCAACUUCUAUUAUAGCUGACACUUUCUUGGCAUGGUCAGUAGCUGUAGGAAACAGGAGGAAUAUUCCGGUGGCUUUGCUUUGGCCGAUGGCGCCGUCGUUGUUUUCAUUUCACUAUCAUUGUCACCUCCUUGUUGCUUCCGGCCAUCUAUCAAUUCCGUUUGAAAACAUCUCAGAAAGGAAAGAUGAGAUCAUAACUUACAUCCCAGGAAUCCCUGCAAUACGCCUAGGAGGUCUGCCAUCCAUUUACACUCGCAAGAAUGAAAUUAUAAAGAGAAUACUAGAAGCCUUCUCUUGGGUAACCAAAGCACAAUUCAUUCUCUCUACUUCCUUCUACGAGCUUCAAGCCCAUGUAAUUGAUACCUUAAGGGGAAUACUUCCAAUACCCAUUUACCCAAUAGGUCCCUCCAUCCCUUUCAUGUUACUUGAAAACAGAGUCACACCCUCUGAAACCAGCAGCGGCAAUGCUGUGGAUUACUUCAAGUGGCUGGACUGUCAACCCAAAAAUUCUGUCUUGUAUGUCUCAUUGGGUAGUUUCUUAUCUGCUUCAGCCACACAAAUGCAUGAAAUUGCAAUGGGGUUGCAGACCAGUGGGGUUCGAUACUUGUGGAUUGCUCGCGCUGAAGCCCUCAAUUUGCAGGAAACUUGUGGUGAAAUGGGACUAGUAGUACCAUGGUGUGAUCAAUUGAGGGUCUUAUCCCAUUCAUCUGUAGCAGGGUUCUUUACACACUGUGGAUGGAAUUCAAUACUAGAAGCCAUUUACUCAGGGAUGCCAAUGCUUACUUUUCCUCUGUUAGUUGAUCAAAUUCCUAACAGUAAUUUGAUUGUGGAAGACUGGAAGAUUGGCUUAAGAGUGAAAGAGGAGAUUGGAGUGGAAAACGUAGUUGGAAGAGAUAAGAUUGCUCGCGUUGUGCAAAGGUUGAUGGAUGGAGAUGAAGGAAUAGAUCUGCGGGAAAGAGCUAAAGAACUUCAGAGAUCUUGUCAAGGAGCUAUAGAGAAGGAUGGAUCUACUUUCACAAACCUCCAUGCUUUUAUGGGAGAUCUUCUAAGAAUUACCAAUCUUGAAUUUGUAAAUGAAAGAACUUAAUUAGUGGUUCUGAUCAAAUUUCUGUAGUGAGAUAAUCCGUUUCAGAAUGCAUUACUUUUAUAGAUAA